AUGAGCUUGCGGCUGGCAUCACGUGCCGCAAGAUGUGAGUUGCAUCGAGCUUGGCCGCCCAGGCGGCAGUUGAUCUAUCAACAAUGCAAUGGCUCUGCGCAAAGCUUCCAGCCUUUCUGCCAGCGUCGAGGAGCGAAGACCAAGAGUACCCUAAAACUUAGCAAGCUACCCCAAGGAGCGUUGCCACCUCUUCCUCAAGAGGAUGUCGUUCCGCCGCCAGAAAAGACGUAUCCCACCGUCCUGCAGCAACAUCUUAACAACACCAGGAAGUUCAAGGACUGCAUUGUCCUCACCAGAGUCGGCGAUUUCUACGAAAUGUACUUCGAGCAGGUCGAUCAGUAUGCACCACUAGUCAACCUCAAGAGAGCCAAGCGAUCUACCGUGCUUGGUGAUGUCCCAAUGGCUGGCUUCCAACACACGCAGCUGGAACGCUAUCUCAAGAUGUUUGUCCAGGAUCUCGGAAAACAGGUCGCAAUCAGCGAGCAGGUGCGCUUACCAGAAGGUGAGCGUGGCGGGAAGUCGGGUGGGAUGCUCUGGGACCGCAAAGUGACACGAGUGGUCACUGCAGGGACCCUCAUUGACGAGAGUUUCAUGGAUCCCUUUGAGAACAACUUCCUGUUGGCCAUUCAUUUUGCGGGCGCGUUGCCGGCUGUGCCAGCUGUAGGUGAUGAUCGAGCGGCGUAUGAAAGAUACAGACGCAGCGCAAAGGUCGGGCUGAGCUGGGGAGAUCUUUCCAGUGGCGACUUUUUUACGCAGAGCUCGGAUCUCGCCACUUUGCCAUCGUUGGUCGCUCGAAUUGGUCCGAGAGAGGUCGUUCUAGACUCUACGCUGGCUUCUGCAGAUCAGACGCAACUUCAGCGACUGAUCAGCGAUGCCGCUCCCUCGCUUCAUUUCCACGAGCAACAGCAUGCUGCAGAUUCAGUCGCAGAAUGGGCGUCAAUGCUGGAAAGACCAGUCUCAUCGGAGGAACAAGAUGAGUUUACGGCGGUCGAAGUCUCGGCAGGCAAUUUAAUCCUUGACUAUAUUCGUGAGAAGAUGCAAGGCACUACAGUACAACUACAGCCGCCCGUGCGACGCUCGGACGACGAGUCGAUGGCUAUCGACAAACAGAGCUUGCGAAAUCUCGAAAUACGCUCUACACUUCGGGACGGCACCUUCCAGGGGAGUCUUCUACACGCAAUUCGACAGACGGUUACAAAGAGUGGCGCGCGCCUUCUUAGUCAGCGUCUGGUAUCGCCAUCAAUGUCGCUCUCGAUUAUCAACAAUCGGCUUGAUCUCGCACAGGAAAUGCUGAGGCACGAUGUGCUGAGAGAGGAGGUCUUGGGCAUGCUGCGCCGAACAUUUGACACUUAUCGUCUACUCCAGAAAUUUUCGAUUGGCAAAGGCGAUGCUGACGACCUACUCGGUCUGGCUAGAACCAUUGACGUUAUGCGGCAGGUGUCGAGUAUACUACAUGAGCACAUCAUAGCAAACCAAGACAACGAUCCUGGUGAGGCUGAAAGUGACUUUGAUCUCACGUUCUUAUGGGAUAUUCUAGGCCGCUUUGAUCUUGAAACUCCGGCCAAAGUCGCGAGAAAUAUACAAGUCGCCAUCGACGAGGAAGGUCUCAAUCAGCAACACAUGGUUGAAGAAGCGAAUGAAUCUGAGGCCGAACAGAUGACGGAGGAAGUCGUGAAUGCUGAUGCUGCCGGGGAAAGGGGGCCGAAGCUUUCUCGUCGCACAUCUCGAGCACAAGUAUCUCAAUCAAGCGACAAACCUGGAGAUCCAAAAUCAGAUGACAUCUGGAUCAUGUGCAGGAACGCGUCCCAGACUCUUGAGAGAGCCCAUCGAGAUCUAGAAAAACUUCUCGAUGCCAAAUUUGAGCUUGCCCGCAGGUUGAGGAGUGAGCUUCAAGCGGAUAGCCUUACACUCAAGUGGAGUGCCCAACUCGGUCACUUCUGCCAUGUCAAGGGAAAAGACGCCCAGAGCACUCUGUCUUCCUUAUCCGGUGCCCGAACGAUUGGCUCGACGAAAAGUACGAGGUCUUUUUAUCUAUCGGACUGGACUCAUCUUGGCGUGCGGAUUGAUGACGCGAAGUUGAGGAUACGAACGGAAGAAGAAAGAGUAUUCGGCAAGCUACGUGGAGAGGUUCUGGAGAAUUUAAUGAAGCUGCGGAGAAACGCUGCAGUGCUCGACGAACUGGACGUCGCCUGUUCUUCAGCCGUCGUGGCCAAGCAGAGAAAUCUUGUGCGGCCAAUACUUAAUAACAGUUCUUCGCACAGGCUUCUUGGCGGCCGUCACCCUACUGUUGAUGCUGGGCUAAACGAUCAGGGUCGCAACUUCGUCUCCAAUAACUGCACUGUCGGUGACGAAGGCAAAAUCUACCUCAUCACUGGGCCAAACAUGGCCGGCAAGAGUACGUAUCUGCGUCAAAACGCGUUGAUUACCAUCUUGGCACAGACGGGUUGCUUCGUACCUGCAGACUACGCGGAGAUUGGGCUUGUCGACAAGAUCUUCAGCCGGGUUGGAUCUGCCGACAACUUGUACCAAGACCAAUCAACCUUUAUGGUUGAGAUGCUUGAGACAGCAGACAUCUUGAAGGAAGCAACGCCACGUUCUUUCGUAAUCAUGGACGAAGUUGGUCGGGGCACUACACCGGAAGAUGGCAUCGCAGUAGGCUAUGCGUGCUUGCACCAUCUUCAAAACGUCAAUCAAUGCCGUGCCCUCUUUGCCACUCAUUUCCAUGCGCUUGCAGACAUGACGCAAGACUUUGAGGAUCUCGUUUGCUAUUGUACAGAUGUCCUCGAAGAGCAAGACGGAUCUUGGUCAUAUGUCCACAAGCUAAGGAGAGGAGUGAACCGAGAUUCCCAUGCGCUGAAGGUCGCACAGCUGGCUGGUCUUCCUGAGAGCGCCAUAGCCGUCGCUGCAGAUGUCCUGGCCGACAUACAAGGAGGGCGCGCGCUCAGACAGCCCAACAGUACUGUCUACGAUCGAGGCAUGGAGGCUUCUGGCUAG